AUGACUUCAAAAUCAGUCGAUGAAGUGGAGAUAAAACAAACGAAAGAUCUGGACGUAUGUGUUUCUCGACGUUGGGCAUUCAUUAAAACAGGUUUUCUAGUGAUCACAUGGAUUAUUCUGGGAGUUCAUGCGGAAAUAGUUGGACCAACUAUGAAGAUUCUAGCUCAACAAACAGGCACAACUUUCAGUGGAAUUAGUUCUAUCUUAGCUGCUCGAAGUGCUGGAUACAUGUCUGGAAGUAUACUGGGAGCAGUCAAACAAGGCUUUAUUAAACGAUAUUCGGAUGGUUUACUUUCAUUCGCAUUUUUAAUUGCAUCUAUUGUUAUCCUUAUCACACCAUCGAUUCGAUCAUUGUUACUUCUAUCGAUUGUGUUUUUCAUUCAAGGAAUCUCACAAGGAUUUACCGAUCUAGGCGGUACAAAUCUUAUUCUAACAAUGUGGCAUGAUCAUCCGUCUACUGCAAUGAAUACAGUUCAUUUAGGGUUUGGAUUCGGUGCUGUCUUUGUCAAUCUUCUUGUGGCUCCUUUCCUUGAAAAGAACGAAAUCAUUGUAUCCAAUGUGACAUCGACUUCAAUAUUGGAAAAUCCAUUUUCAUCGAAGAUCAGUAUUCCUUACACGAUCACAGCAAGUCUUUGUUUUUUGAUAGCCAUUGGUCAUUCGCUAUUUGCAAUUCGUGAACAUCGAAUUCAGCGAAGAACUCUUCAAAUGGAUCAAUCAGCAUAUACUACUGUGGCCAAUGUUCCACUUGUUGACACUCAAGUUAGUUAUUCUCAGUAUUCACCACGAUCUUGUGGUAACGGUUAUUUUUAUUACGGUCUCACUAUGUCAAUUCUUUGGAUUGUUUACAUGUUUUUUGUUACUGCCAAUGAUUUAACUUUUGGAAAAUUCUUUUUCUCAUAUCUUGGAUCAUCGAAGUUUGAACUUUCAACAAAAAGUGCGUCGUUAGGAAUGAUUAUUUAUUGGCUCUCAUAUUCGAUUGGUCGUUUGAUCUGUGCAAUCGUGGCUUUGUUUGUAUCUGUUGAUAUAGUAUUAAGUGUAAUUUGGAUGGCUGGAUUGAUAUUGGCAAUAGCAUGGAUUGUUUUUGUAUGGAUUAUAGGAUUAUCAAGUACGAGUCUAUUUAUUCUCGGUUCGUUCACUGGGUUGAUCUUCUCGCCCAUUUUUCCAUUAUCAUUUGGUUUUAUCAAUCAACGAUUAGUUAUCAAUCCAUUACUUCUUGGUUUGAUCUUGUGUGGUGCAUCACUCGGUGGAGUUAUUUUUCAAAAAAUAGGUGCAGCAGCUGUUCUAACAGCUACUGCUAUAUUGAGGAAAACUGAAAGAGAAGAAACAUCAGCAAUGGAGAUAGCAACAUCAACAACAAGCGAACAAUUGACUUCUUCUGUCAUCAUUAAUAAAAAUACGAAAUGGAAACAGAAUGCAAUUACUGUUGCUGGAGGACAUGGAUUUGGAAGUAAAUUAAAUCAGUUAGAUCACGUCAGUGGUAUUCAUAUUGAUGAUGAUGAUUAUAGUAUUUAUAUUGCUGACAAAACCAACCAUCGUGUUGUUAGAUGGGAAUUUCGUGCAAAUAAUGGUACACUUGUUGCAGGUGGAAAUGGACCGGGAGGUGGAAUGAACCAAUUAAAUCAACCAACAGAUGUAAUUCUUGAUGAAGCGAAGAAAUAUCUCAUCAUUUGUGACUUUGCCAAUGAUCGAGUGGUACAAUGGCCCCGUCAAAAUAGUCAAGAUCAACAAAUAUUGAUACAUCGUAUUGUUUGCUUCGGUUUAGCAAUGGAUAAUAAUGGAGAUCUUUAUAUUUCUGACUGGCGAACGCAUGAAGUCAGACGUUGGCAACAAGGGUAUAUAGAAGGUAUCGUGGUAGCAGGUGGAAAUGGACAAGGAAAUCAAUUAAAUCAACUCAAUGAUCCUCACUAUAUCUUUGUCGAUGAAGAUCAUUCAGUUUAUGUAGCAGAUACUCUCAAUAAUCGUGUGAUGAAAUGGAUAAAAAAUGCGGACGAAGGUAUUCUUAUUGCUUCAGGACAAGUUUCUAAUGAAAAUCCGGAUACAUUGUUGACACCCAAAGGCGUGCUUGCUGAUCAUAAGGGUAAUAUUUAUGUGUCGACGAUCGGAAUUUAUCAAAUAACUCGUUGGUCACCAGGUGCAACAGAAGGUGUCCCUGUCGUUGGUGAAAAAGAAUGUGGAAGAGGAUCUACAGAGUUCGCCCUCCCAUAUGAUAUAUCAUUUGAUCGACAAGAUAAUCUUUACGUUGUCGAUACACACAACUAUCGAAUACAAAAAUUUGAUAUUGAUCGUGACUGA